GGUUGUCCAGGUCUCGCUCCGCACAGGCUCAGCGGAGCCCAGUCUGGGAGGGACGCGCCUGGCCGCUGUCCACCGCCCCCGACCCCCGCCCCCGAGCCCAUGGAGGCGCCGGGACCCCGCGCCUUGCGGACUGCGCUCUGUGGCGGCUGUUGCUGCCUCCUCCUGUGUGCCCAGCUGGCUGUGGCUGGUAAAGGAGCUCGAGGCUUUGGGCGGGGAGCCCUGAUCCGCCUGAAUAUCUGGCCGGCGGUCCAAGGGGCCUGCAAACAGCUGGAGGUCUGUGAGCACUGCGUGGAGGGAGACAGAGCGCGCAAUCUCUCCGGCUGCGUGUGGGAGCAGUGCCGGCCAGAGGAGCCAGGACACUGUGUGGCCCAAGCUGAGGUGGUCAAGGAAGGUUGCUCCAUCUACAACCGCUCAGAGGCAUGUCCAGCUGCUCACCACCACCCCACCUAUGAACCGAAGACAGUCACAACAGGGAGCCCUCCAGUCCCUGAGGUCCACAGCCCUGGAUUUGACGGGGCCAGCUUUAUCGGAGGUGUCGUGCUGGUGUUGAGCCUACAGGCGGUGGCUUUCUUUGUGCUGCGCUUCCUCAAGGCCAAGGACAGCACCUACCAGACACUAAUCUGACCCCUUUGGGCCUGGACUCCAUCCUGAGGGGAAAGGAGGAUGCAGAGGCUGGCCUCUGGGCACCCUUGUGGGUAAGCGGGGGGCGGGGGCGGGAAAAACUCUGGCCGCCAGUUUUUGGCUCCUGCGGGCACCAAGCAGGCUCAGUGUCUGAUGCCUGACAUCUCCUCCUGUCCUGGUCCUGGAACCUGCAGCUGAGAGCAUCCCUCAACCGCCUCGUCUCCUCCAUCGCCCCUGCUGGGCCCCCCAGCCUGACACUGGGUUGUGUCCCUUCCUCUUCCCACCAACUGGCCUGGGCACUGCCCCCAAAUAAAGGAACUCUGCACUGC